AUGCGGUACUGUCACUCUUCAUCCGUACUAUUCCACUCAUAUCUCAGCUUUGAACGUGACGCUACUUCGGAUCAUCCUCUUCGCCAGAUUUCUUUAUCACCCCGAGCCUCUAGACGAUAUCGUGAUGACUCUCGGUUGAUGUCUCCGUCGCAUUCCACUUCAACAAAGCAGUCUGGUCUAGUUCUUCUGGGAAACAACCUCAGGCACGUGAAGCUGGAUGGCAGUAUUCGUUUGAGCUCAAAGAGAAGGCGCUUCGUUACGAUCGUUCCCGGGCACCGCGCCAUUCUGCGUCCUCCAUUCGACCAAACUCGUCUUUCCGCGCCCACGACUCAAGUGGUCCGGCGUUUACCCGACUGGAUGGUAAGGCGAUAUGCUCUGGCUGUUCGGAGCGUCGGAGCUCAACCCACUCCCGCAACUUUUCAAACAUUUGGCGGCCACCUUGAGUUCGUACUGACUCACGCCGUGAUGGUCGGUUUUUCUUCGAAGCCGUCCCAUUUCUCCUCCAAACAAAGCCGGUCGGCCUGCACUGAGUCAUCACCAUCACGGAUCCAUGUGGCCGAAAAUGGGAGGCGGUUUUCAACGCAGACACUUCUGAGGCCAUCCCGGCAUUUGUGA